GCGACUUUGAGAGGCAAAAGUGAUAUAUAACCAAUCGUGAUGUCCGGUGUAAAGAGAGAACGAGCAGAAGAUGAACCACACGUGGUAAAAAGAGAACAGGCUGAGGAGAAAGUCCCCAAAUCAGGAGAGCAAAAUGGAGCGCUAACAAACACCGAUGGAGAUCGGUAUUUUGAGUUGUCGUCGAAGCGUCGUGUAACGCUGAGAAAGUUCAAGAACACAGUAUUGGUUGAUAUCCGUGAAUACUACGAAUCCGAUGGUGAAUUCAAGCCAGGUAAGAAGGGGAUAUCGUUAAGCGUUGACCAAUGGGAAAACUUGAUUGGCCUAUCAGCUGAGAUUGCCGAGGUCGUACAGGACCUAUCUGCGAAGAAGCAAAAAUCAUAGUCUGUUGCUCUGUAUUCCCAUCGAGUUAAUACUUACUGUUUCAAUUCAUGUUCUCCAUAGUGAUGUGAUCUCCCUUCCACAGACGUCGCGUAUACUCAAUCCCGCUGCUUCUCCGAGCUGUACAUGCUGGGCUGUGUGUCCUGUAAACCCUGUGUGUCUCAAGAAGUCCUCUGGGUCCUGUGAGUCUGUAGCCUAAGCGGGUAAGGGCUUUUGAGUCCCUGUCCUGGAAUGGAAAGCGUACCAAGACAAAAAGUCUCUGGAGAU